GCUAACACUGGUCCCAAAGGAAAAAAGGUGCUGAGGAGCUAAGGGACUCUGGUGGAUUCAUAAUGUCUCCAAGGUUGGACCCAGUGGUCAGGGCAUAGGAGAAACAACUUGAAGGUCUUAGGUUUGAACUCCAGUUACAACAGUUAAUGUGAGCCUGCCUGCAUUAGCUUUUGUUGGCAGGAUUAACGGAUCCUAUGCUUGUGAACUCAGGUUGCUUGGUGGAUUAGACGCGAUGCAUGUAAAUUUAUCAGGAACACCACCUUCACAAAAAAAGAAGAAGCUAAGGACCUAUUAUAAGAUUACUUGCCAAAAAAAGGACAUAAGAUAAUUGCUCAGGUUCUUAUUGAAAGGUUUAAAAAGAGUGAUUGGUACUCUGAUUAUGGGAAACCAAAUUUUUUUUAUUCAUCAAACUAAGGCUAAUAGUGAAUGUUGCACUAAUUGCCAAUGACUGCAUUAAUUAUAGGCUGAGGCAAUUAACUCAUGGAUAUCAUGUUAAAUGGAUUUGGAGAAAGCUUACUACCAUUUAAAUUGGCGAUGGUGCUAAACAUUGUGAGUUGUGUGAUCAGUGAUGGGGUUUGAAGAUAGGUGGAUCAAGUUGAUAAGUUACUGCAUUUCCACUGUAAGAUAAUGAAGAUCCAGCAACAACACAAGAUGUAGGAAAUGACAACAAAUGUGCUUCAAGUUAUGUGAUAUCCAGAACUACUGAAGGAAACAAAGAUGAUCCAAGUAUGGAGAAAUUAAAUGAGAUCCCCGAAGCAGAGAAGCUGGGAGAAGAGAAACCAAAGAAUUCCAGUUCUACUGAAGGAAAGGAAGAGGAUCCAAGUACGGGGAAAUCGAAUGGGAUCUCCGAAGCAGAGAAGCUGGAAGAAGAGAAACCAAAGAAUUCCUCUGAUAGUGUUGAAAUUUCCAGAAUUGAGCAGCUCAUGCAGGGGAAAUCAUUUUCGAGGGAUGAAAUAACGCGUUUGACAAAGAUAUUAAACUCAAGGGUCGAUGAAGAAAAAAAGUUAGCUAGCAGAACAGCUGAAGGAGACAUUGGAAGGCUUCAUUUAGCACAUGAGACACCUAGAAGACCAAAUGACAGGAAGCGGGAUGAAACAGACUUCGCUAUGCCAGGAACUUCAACACCUCUUCCCCAAACAAACGUACGAGAUGAAGUUGGCGCAUCCCCCAUUGAUAUUGCAAGAGCUUACAUGGGAAGCCGUAGGUUAAGUAAGGGAAAUGAUUCUUAUGGUUUUGUAUCCAAGGUGGAGCAAGCUCCCCAAAAUAGGUUCCAUCCACCACCUUCACCAAAGUCAUCGACUUGUUGGCCCGCUGCCAUGGUGCAAGAUCAGCGUGGUCAUUUUACUCCACUGAAUCAGAGAGGAUAUGGGCUUGUUGAGUUCCCAAGGACCCCAUACUCUAGAACUUUAUUGCCGAAAUCCAGAGAUAGGCAGACUCAGUCGCAGGUUGGUAGCAGGUGGCUAGAUCCCUCAACGAAACCCUUCCAACAAUCUCAAUCAUUAAUCUACAGCCAGGAGAAGACUAGGACUGAUUUACCUCUUCCAAGCUAUGGAUCUGUGGGACCGAUUCGGCGCAUACGGAAUAAAUUUGGCUCAGAAUCUCGCCCUAGGAAAUCCAUUUUCCUGAAUAACCCAAAUGCUUCUUCACCUUUAGAAAAAGUUGGUGCUUCCAAAUUGUUCUUGCCUGCUGCCGGAAAGAAUUUGGAAGUUGGGCAAACUAGUGGUGUAGAGAAGUACCAGUCAGUGGAUCAUAGAGUAGGCAGGUCUGAAGAAGCUAUACCACUCAUAAGUUCUUCAAAUGAUACUGUAAGAAAAAUAUUAGAGCAACUUGACAGACACAAGCCCACUCCUGCAGAAAAGGCAGCUGAAUUGAAGCUGGCAAGCGAAUGGAAGAAAUAUCCCGGUAAAGAAAUCUCUGAUUCCACUGCAAAUGAUAAAAUGAAAUCCUCACAUUUAGGAGAAUUUGGUAUACGUAUGAACAAUGGUCUGGCAGCUGCCCAAUCGUCCAAGGAAGGAGAUAAUGGAACAGUCAAUCGUGUGGAAAUACCUCAGGAGCAAACUACGCGUGAAACUGACACUGGUACGGAUGCUAGUGCUAAAGCUGCUAGUAUAGCUAACGUGUUUGUUACGACAGCUAAAGCCAAUACUGUCCCGCCCUUCACUUCUAAGGCAGCUGAUUCCCAAGUUAAAAGUUUCUUUUCUGGUUCUCACACUCCAAGUUUGCGGAAGGACUCGAUACGCACGGAUGAUGGACAGAAAGAUAAAGGUUCUACCCCACAGUGGCCUUCUUUCCAUAAUCAAAGUAAUGGGCAGAAUGCUGCAACGUUAUCCAACUCCACGGGUUUCCAGCUACCAAGAAAUGCUCCUGGACAAGCGUCUAGUGCAAAACCUAACUUGCCAUCCAUUUUUGUGAAUAAGCCCAAUCCUAGAAAUGCGACUUCCCCAGAUAAUGGGUUUGGAUUCAGUUUCCCAGUCGCUGCGUCAUCUGGUGCACUCUCAGAACCACCAACACCAUCCAUGCCAUCUCCCGCAGCUGGUGUCCUCUCUCAGCCAGUGGAUGCAUCCAGUUCUCCAGUAUACACCUUUGGCACUGGUAAAUCAGCUGAAUGCCUCGUAUUCUCUUUUCCCUCUACGAGCAAUGCAUCUGUUCCCGUGGAUGCUUCAGACCUCAAGUUUAGCUUUGGAACAGACAGGACAUCAAGACUAUCUUUUGGUGGAAUAGGAAAAACAACAUGCUAGUUUGAAGGUUUGUCAAUACUCUAGCUGCAGGAUUUUCACCCAAUGAUGGAAACUCUGUUUCAUAAUUUUUUGUAUUCUCACCUACAUUUUGUUAUCUGCCACAGCUUUCAUUUUGAAGGAUGGAUGAAUACCUGAUAUUAAAAGUUUUAGCAAACACAUAAUUGCUGAUUGACUUGA